GAAUUCAGUAGUCGCUCGAGCAUUGAAGGCGUCGGACACGAGAAUUCAGAUAGUGGAAAUGGACUUUUAUUACUCACCUGGCUCGGCACCCUGCCGCUCCGUUCUUAUGACAGCUGCCGCUUUAGGCAUUAAGCUGAACAAGAAGUUGCUCAACACUGGCGAAAAGGAGCAGUUGAAACCGGAAUUCAUCAAGCUGAAUCCCCAGCAUACGAUCCCAACGCUCGUCGACAAUGGCUUUGCCAUCUGGGAGUCGCGUGCCAUUCUGAUUUACCUGGUGGAGAAAUACGGCAAAGACGAUUCGCUCUAUCCCAAGGAUCCACAGCAAAAGGCACUAGUGAACCAGCGCCUGUACUUUGACAUGGGUGUGCUUUACCAGGCUUUCGCCGACUAUUACUAUCCACAGUUUCGUUUCAACAAGCCCGCUGAUCCCGAGAUCUUCAAGAAAGUCGAAGCUGCCUUUGCAUUCCUGAACACCUUCCUGGAAGGUGAACAAUAUGUUGCCGGCAGUCGGCUGACCAUCGCCGAUAUUUCCAUCUUAUCCAGUGUAUCGACCAUUGUGACAGUGGGCUUCCCACUGGCCAACUAUCCGAACGUGGCUAACUGGUACGAACGUGUCCAAAAAGAGACGCCCGGCUGGGCUGAGAACGUUGAAGGCUUGGAGAAGCUCAAAGAGCGCAUUGCUGGAAUGCGCAAACAGUAAAUUUAUCGCAAUCGCAAUCGCAAAUUCAUAUUGUAUAACAAAUAUU